CGUUGUAUGUUUUUAUUCAUUUAUAUAAGUUAAGUCAUUCAUUUGUUUUCAAAGUUUACCCUCAACAUGAUUCAGGAACAUGCUGCAUCUGUUGGAGCCUGAUCAUGUGAACAGGUCUCCUUCAGAGUUUGACAAAAUGUUUAACGUUUGUCUCUAAAUGUGUUGAAGUACGACAAUGAUUGCCUGGAAUUGUUUAGUUAUAUAUCCAGAUGUGCGUAAUUGCCUCAUUUGAAUAAUUAGUUUCUUGUUCCUGUGAUGUUUGAAGUCCAUGGACUUCAUCAUGAAUUUGGGUGUGACCGUUUGUUAUCUAUGUCACACACAUUCCAGAUUAUAAUAACUAUAAUCUGAGUAUGCCUGUAUUAUUACAUUAAAUUAACAAUAAUAACUGAUGCACUGGAUCAGGAAGUGCAGUCACUCAGCCUGAGGCCAGACACCAACGCGUUUUAGCAGUGUGUUUGCAGACAACAAACUAAGUCGUGUUUAAUCAAAUAAUAUCUGCAGGAGCUGACUGUUUUCAGUGCGGGUCUUCAGACUAACUCGUCCUGUCUGCAUGUGUUCGCUUUUAGUGGACUUGUGACGGAUUUUAAAACAUUUAGGAGAGAAAUGACAGAGAAAAGUCCCGGAGCAGCGCUUCACGCGGCAGCACCGAGGACAGAUUUAAAGUGUUUCCAUUGCAAACACAAACAUGUUGAAAGCUUUAUUUGACUUCCACGAACAGAGACACUUGUCGUCUUUGCGUGUGGCUCAGUGUCACAGCUCAGCUCUGCUCCAGGUGAGUGUUGGACAGGUGUUUAGCGGCAGAGAAAGCACAAAGUGACUCCGUGUUCCUGCUGCACGGCGCAGGCAGGCUGGGCUGAGUCUCCACGGUUCUCAUGGUGUGUUUAAGGCCCUCUCGUGUCGGACAUUCCUCCAUCAGUCACAUCAGACACUUCGUUUGAAUCUCUCUGACAGCGCGAUGGCAGAAGUCGCCCCAGCCGCACCCGCAGCCGCUCCGGUCGCUCCGGCUAAAGCACCGAAGAAGAAAUCCACCAAGCCCAGCAAGAAGACCGGUCCCAGCACCAAAGACCUCAUCCUGAAGGCCGUGUCCGCCUCCCAGGACCGGAAAGGUAUGUCUUACGUCGGCCUGAGGAAAGCGCUGGCUGCCGGUGGCUACGACGUGGAACGCAAGGGAGUCCACGUCAGACGCUCCGUCAAGAGUCUGCUGACGGCCGGACAGCUGGUGCAGACCUCGGGGUCAGGCGUGUCCGGAUCCUUCAAGGCUGCCAAGGUGGAGAAGAUCAAGAAGGCAGCCAAGAAAUCCGCCGUCAAAGCCACCAAGUCACCAGCCAAGAAGGCCACCGUCAAGAAGCCCAAAGUCAAGACCACACCCAAGACCAAAGCUGCUACACCAAAGAAGAAGCAGUCCGUCAAGAAGGUGACAAAGAGCCCGGCCAAGAAGGCUGCUGCUGCCCCCAAGAAGGUUGCUGCUGCUGCCCCCAAGAAAAGUGCAAAGAAGGCCGUGAAAGCCAAGACCACCAAACCCAAAGCCAAGAAGGCUGUGACCAGGAAACCAGCCAAGAAGUGAACCUGCUGCACCUGUACCCACCAAAAGGCUCUUUUAAGAGCCACACACCUGAGCCUGAGAGCAAACUUCCUUCAUUAUGUCUUCUACAUUCAUAGUGUAUAUUUGUGUGUGAUCACAGGUAACAGUGCAUGAGGUGUGUGGAGGGUCAACAGGUUGUUACAGUGUGACGUGCACUGAAGAGUCACACCUGUGUGUUUCUGUGUGUGCUGUUCAUGUGGAUUCAGGACAAGAGCUAAAAAACAAUAUGAAAAUAUGAGCUGCAAAUUUUAAACUGGGUGAGUCUGUUUGACAGUUUCAUUGAGCAUCUACGACAUAAUGACAAACACAGAAUUUAAAUGUAUAUAUUUAUGGAUUGAUAUUUUAUUCUAUUUUAUAUUUCAUUCACUGUAUAUCCAUGCUGUUAUCACGGUCUGCUGUGCGGCUGAAUGACAACACAGUCUAAGGUGUGUAUGACAGCUGUUACAACACUACAAGCUGUUGCUUUAGUUCAUUGUGUCCACCUUCAUCACAGUGUCUGUUUAUCUGUUUUAGAGUUUAACCAUGUUUUACUUUUUAUUUUCAUAUCUUGUACAGUUUCACUAAAUGUUUCUAUCUUAACAUGUGUGUGAAUGUUUCCAAUGUUUGAUCACAAUAAAGUCUCUUUAAUAUAUAAA